CUCCCUCAAAUAAACAGUCCAGUCAGUCAACGACGUGUCCACGUACCUCAAUAUACUAUAUAGUCACACUAUUCACUAUUCAGUCCUUCAGUUUAUCGGUUCAGUUGUAACUUGUUAGUAUUUGUUGCACAGCACAUAAGGAAGAUACUGGUUGAUUAAUUUAUUUUAUAAUUUGUUUAUAAAUACCAAACGCAAAUUAAUUUCAAACGAAAUGGCAUCAAAAAAUCAAUUUGUCACAUUUAAUAAUGGUCAGAAAUAUCCAAUUUUAGGAUUUGGAACUUGGAAGUCAAAGCCUGGUGAAGUUGAAGAAGCAGUCAAAGCUGCUAUAGAUACAGGAUAUAGACAUAUUGAUUGUGCUAUGGUUUAUGAAAAUGAAACUGAAGUAGGGAAAGCUAUUAAGCAAAAAAUUGAUGAAGGUGUUGUUAAACGUGAAGAUUUAUUCAUUACUAGUAAAUUGUGGAAUACUUUUCAUCAACCAGAUUAUGUUGAAACAGUACUAAAAAAAACUUUAUCUAAUUUGCAAAUUGAAUAUUUGGAUCUUUAUUUAAUUCACUGGCCUAUGGCUUAUAAGGAAGGUAAGUUGGAAGAUGAAUGGUUUCCAAAAGACGCUAAUGGAGUUACAAUCGAAGGAAAUGGUUCUUACAUAGAAACAUGGAAAGCAAUGGAAAAUUUGGUUCAAAAAGGUCUUGUCAAGUCAAUUGGUAUAUCAAACUUUAAUAAAAAACAAACAGAAAACAUAUUAAAUAUAGCUACCAUAAAGCCAGUUGUUAAUCAAGUUGAAUGUCAUCCGUACUUAAAUCAAAAGAAGUUAAAAGAAUUUAGCGAACAAAAUAAUAUACUCAUAACUGCAUACAGUCCUUUAGGAUCUCCAGACAGACCUUGGGCAAAACCAGAAGAUCCGUCUCUAUUGGAUGACCCAAAAAUUGUUGCUAUUGCAAAAAAAUAUAAUAAAACUACUGCUCAAAUUUUAAUUAAGUAUCAAGUACAAAGAGGCAUUAUUGUCAUUCCAAAAUCUGUGACUAAGAGUCGUAUUGAAUCAAACUUUGAUAUAUGGGAUUUCACAUUGGAACAAGGAGAUAUAGAUGCAAUUGAUACUUUUGAUUGUAAUGGCAGAGUUCUUCAUCUUAACUGGAAUAAAAAUACUCCAAUAACCAGUAUCAUAGUUUACAUUUUAAUUUUAACAUUUUAUAGUAUCAUACCUUCAUACUUAAAACUAUAUCUAGUUCUACAUUUUUGUUUUAAGAAGUAUUUUUUUAAUUACCAAUCAGAUAAAUACUUUAAUAUGGCAUCUAAUUUGACAAAAAUGGUUAAGUUUAAUAACGGUCAAUUAUAUCCAAUCUUAGGUCUGGGGACUUGGCAGGCGUCACUAUUCAUUGAUGAUUCACAGCACACUGAGAUCAUUAACUCUAUAAAAAGUGCAAUUGACAUAGGAUAUCGUCAUUUUGACUGUGCUGCUAUUUAUAACAAUGAAAAACUUUUGGGAAAGGCUAUAAAUGAUAAAAUUUUAGAAGGUGUUGUUAAAAGAGAUGAACUAUUUAUCACUAGUAAGCUUUGGAAUAAUAAGCAUAGAUUUGAACUGGUAGAAGAAGCACUGAAGAAUACUUUGAAUGAUUUAUGUUUGAGUUAUGUAGAUUUAUAUCUUAUUCAUUGGCCUUUUGGAACUAGUGAAGAUCCUAAUGCUACUGACAGUGAAGGGCGAUUAUUAGGCUCUGGUAUUUCUUACUUAGAAACUUGGAAAGCCAUGGAAGGAUGUGUUCAAAAAGGUCUCACAAAAUCGAUUGGAGUGUCAAAUUUCAAUAUUAGACAAUUAAAAGAUAUUUUGGAAAUAGCUACUAUUAAACCAGUUGUAAAUCAGGUUGAAUGUCAUCCUUAUUUAUCACAAAAUAAACUGAAAGAAUUUUGUGAGAGUAAUGGUAUACUAUUAACUGGUUAUGCACCAUUAGGAUCAGCAAAAAGAUCGUGGGCAGGACCAGAAGAAGAUGCUAUUUUAGAUGAACCUAUUGUAAAACAGUUAGCUGAUAAAUAUAAAAAAACUAAUGCUCAAAUAUUAAUAAAAUUCCAAAUUCAAAGAGGUAUUAUAGUCAUACCAAAAUCAUCCAAUCCAAAGAGACAGAAAGAAAAUUUUGAUGUUUGGGAUUUUGAGUUAACUUCACAAGAUAUAGAUUUACUUGAAUCGUUGAAUAAAAAUGCUCGUUAUUUUGAAUAUAAUUCUGCAAAUCAUUUAAAAGAUUACCCAUUUUUUGAUGAAGCCUAAUUUGAAUAUUUGAAGAUAAAAUUUAAGAUUUUGGCUAAAAUUAAAAUCUCAACGCUUAUAAAUAUUAAAUAUGUUAAAAAUGCAAUAUUGAUUAACCUUAUAAACCAUAAUGUACAAGUUUAUUAGUACACUUGUUUUUUAAAUUAUAUUUUCUUAAUGUUUA